AUGGCUGUAACCAACAUCAUAACGGGACUCCCUUUACGAAUGCCAGGCCCAAUUCUGGUUACCGCACUGGCAGCCUGUCUCAUUAUCGUGAUAUUGUACCGUGGCUACAGCCACCGCCGGUUUUAUCGAGACUUGCCAGGGCCUCCCCAUAGCUGGCUCUUUGAAAUAUUCUAUCUUGAUCUCUGGCCUAUAGGCCCUGGUAUGGUAGUGAUUACUGAUCCCAAACUCAUGGGCAACUCAUCACGUCCGAAACCUCUUCCUAUACAUCCCCUUACUGCGGUGUUCAUGAAGCCAAUGCUUGGCGAGGGAACAAUGGCAGCAACCAACGGGGCGCUAUGGAGAAAGAUAGCUACGGCUGUUAGCCAGACUUUCUCGAUGGGUCAUGUCCUAGGAAUGACGAGCAUCAUGGUCGACGAAUGUCUGCUAUUCCAAGAGAAGCUUGACGAAUUAGCCGUGACUGGAGACGUCUUCUCAAUGGAGGAACUCAUCGCCAGACUAGUAUUCGGCAUGGUCUCGAUAGAUUUGAGGGAACUUGUGAACCUUGCAGGAGGAGAGACAAAUCCCCUCAUCGCCUAUAACCCAAUGGUACAGAUCCCGCGGCGGUGGAAAAGACACCGAAUUGUUAGCAGGCUUGACAGGUCUCUGAGGCAAAAGGUCAAUGAAUGUGUUGAGCGGAUUGUUCAGGAAGGAGACGUUCCAUCAAGGCAGAACCCGAGAAGCAUCAUGGACCUUUUAAUUCGUGAGCAUGCCGAAGCUAUGCUGGAGGAAAGGAAGGGAGCUAACCUCCACCGUAGUUUGAAGACCAUGCUAUUAGGAGGGCACAGCACAUCGAUGAGCACUCUCUGCUUUCUUUUUAUGCUUCUAUCAAAAGCCCCCGAUGUCGUCGAAAAGAUGCACCGAGAACACAUUGAACAACUUGGGGCCUCUCCUACAGUCACUCUUCUCGACAACCCAAGCAUGCUUCGAAGACUCCCUUACACAGAAGCGGUUAUCAAAGAAUCUCCGAGACUUUACCCCCUAGGGUCGGAUCUAAAGCAGGCACCUCCAGGUACAACAAUCACCACACACGAUGGCCGCCGUCUUCCUAAUGCCAAUGGCCUCAUCAUGACAGCCAGCACGCACACCAUCCACUACGACGCAAACAUCUAUCCAGACCGCACAUCCUUUCGACCAGAACGAUGGAUAGAUCCAGAGAAGGCACCCACUGGACCCGGUUACUUUAGAGCAUUUGGUGGAGAUGGAAGGACAUGUCCUGGGCAAAAUAUGGGAAUGAACAUACUCAAGAUUGUCAUGGUCAUAACUAUGGGUAAGUAUACGUUUGACUGUGCGGGAUUGGCGCCCAAUAAAGAGCCUAGGACGAAACAUACCAAUCUUUAUCUUGUGUUUAGGGACACUGCAUUUCAGCAGCUUGGGUUGGACGGGAGGCCGGGGGAUGGAAUGAUGAUGACUGUAGGGAAGAAGGCGUAA